AUGAGUAGAACAAUACAUACAUACAAUAAUGAUCAGGGUUUAAUUGAAUCAAUGGUUGAUGAUGAUCAACAUAAAGAAAAUUUAUUUUCUAAACAGAAAAAUACAAUCGAUGAUAAUAAUGGUGAUGAUUCAGGUACAGAAGGAAUCGAACAACAACUCGAACAUACUUCUAUAACAAAAUUUAAUGAUAAUGAAGAUAAAUUAUCAAUACAAUCUGUUAGUCCGAAUCCUGAUGAAGGUUUUUCCGAAUGUGAAAUUCAAGAUAAAUCAAUACAUAUACUUAUUAAAAACGAUCUUAAACUUGCAAACAAUAUCCCUAAUGAUAUGAAAAAAGAUUUUUGUUCGGAUACUAAGGUAGCAUUUCAUGGUGAAUUUGCUCGACUUAUUUCAAUACCAUUAUUAUCAUGUCACAAUAUUCAUUAUAGACUUUUUUCUGAAGAAGAAUUCGUCAACAUACCACAAUAUAUGAAUUUAAAAUUUGAAUGUUGCAAACUUGACAAUGCUAAAGCACGAUUUAAUUGUCCAAAUGUACGCUGUCAACAUUCCUGGACAUCAAUGAGAGGAAGAAUUUCAUUUUUAAUUAGUUCACAAGAUAUUGGAUUUAUUGUACUUAAAAUUCUUGGACAAAAUUGUCUACAUUGUAAUACAUAUGUUCAUGCUCUUUGGUAUAUUGAUGAAGUUUGUCGAGUAAUGAAAAAUUUAGCUAUGACAAUUUUUGAAAUCUAUUUUCCCGAUAUGAUGAACAACGUCGAUUUCGAAAAGCAAAAAUUCAUACAAAAUGAUACAAUCCAAUUCCGUCAAUUACAUCAUGAUCCUAUUCAAAGAAAAGGAAAAAUGUUGGCAUCACAUGCUAAAGAAUUUUGUGAAGCAUGUCAACGGGGAUUAUGCUUUACUUAA